AUGCGUCCUUUCUUGAAGAGGUGCCGGCAAUUCUUUUCUUCUUGGGGACGCCGUCUGCGUCGUGGGCGCGGGAUAGUGUAUAGCGAACGCCCCGGGGACGCACCUCAGGUCGAGCUGUCCGGUCUACCACCUGGGCAGGUGGACGCCGCCACCGUCGCCAUCCUCAACUAUCAACAGCGAUUCGUGGAGUAUCAGAACAGAGGGACUUUGCACCCGAAUAUUCUUAUUUGGGCGGCUGACCUGUCACAGACGGCCUCCGUGCCUUCUGCAGAUGCAGCCUCCAUCUCUGACGACAGCGGGUACGAAACCUCGUCUUCUGGUGCGCCGCCAUUAGCUAGUCCGUCUGUCUCAGAGGAUGACGGAGACGACGACGGCGCCAGUUCAGAUGGGCCUCCCGCUCUUGAGACGCCAUCCACAUCGUCAUCUUCUAUUCCUCGUGCUUUCUAA